GCAAACUCUGUUUCCGGUGGCCUGAUGGAGGACCUUCUUGCUCCAUCUUAGCUUGUCUCUAUGGUGUUUGGGUCUUCCGGUUCUUGCCAGGGCUACAGUAGCCGGCUGGGUCCAAAACGGCUAAUUGUGAGUUUUCCCGACAGCCCCCGCGCUGGAGACUUGUACACAAUCAUCAUGGCGUCCCAGGACGAAGUGGAAGAGCUUGGGAUGGAGGCGGAUGGACAGACAGAAAAGCUCAGCUGUGUAGAAGAUGGAGACAGGAAUUCCCAGGCCUCCCAGGACAGCGGCUCCGCACAACCCGAGUCAGAUGGUGCUGUGAGCAACGGAGGCGACGCUGAGUCAGAGAAAGAGCUUGUAGAGUUUAAGAUUAUUUGGAAUAAGAACAAGUAUGACGUGAAGCUCCCAUUGGAUAGCACAGGAGCAAGCCUUAAACAGAAGAUUCAUACACUCACAGGUCUUCCACCAGCUAUGCAGAAAGUCAUGUUUAAGGGGCUUCUCCCCGAGGACAAAACUCUAAGGGAAAUCAAGGUCACAAAUGGGGCAAAGGUUAUGGUGGUAGGGUCCACCAUCAAUGACGUAUUGGCUGUUACUACCCCCAAAGAGACCGUACAGCAAGAGGUGAAGGAAGAAGAAACUAAGAAGGAACCCUUGUGCCGGCAGAAGCAACACAGAAAGGUCCUGGACAAGGGCAAACCGGAAGAUGUAAUGCCGUCUCUGAAAGGUGUGCAGGAGCGUCUCCCAACUACCCCAAUAUCUGGCAUGUACAAUAAGUCAGGGGGGAAAGUCCGACUGACAUUCAAACUGGAGCAAGACCAACUAUGGAUUGGUACAAAAGAAAGGACAGAGAAAAUCCCCAUGGGUUCUAUUAAAAAUGUACUUUCCGAGCCAAUUGAAGAACAUGAUGACUAUCAUAUGAUGGCAUUUCAGCUGGGUCCUACUGAAGCGUCUUACUACUGGGUAUACUGGGUGCCGGUGCAGUACGUGGAUGCCAUUAAGGACACAGUGUUAGGGAAAUGGCAGUAUUUUUGAAGUUACGUUCACCUCUGGCACAGGACACAAGACCGUGAGAGAAAAUUAACCCACAGUCACCGCCUUUUCUCAUCCCGCAUCCCGGACACCAAUAAAUCCCCUUUACCCACUGCUCCAUGGAAACUUACAGGGGUGGAACUUUUACCAUUGUGAAGUAUCCCAUGGGGCACAGAAUGCUUAUUCUGUAGGAGCCAGAGGUGACCUAUCCAAUAUAGUUUACAUUUUUAACUUUUUGCAAGUUGCGGGAUCACGCCCGCCACUGCGUCAGCCAUAUAUUGAAGUAAAUAAAGCGAAAAAGCCUCCCCUUCUUCUUCUUUUUUUUUUUAACCCUGUAAGUGCCAGGGAGACCAAUAGAGACCCACCACCUCCAACACCACCUCUAUUGGUUCCCCUGCACGGCCUUGAGAAGUAGUGAUGAUUUGAUGCUGACCGCUUGGAACACAGACACCCCAUCACAGCAAGCAGGACUCCCUUCAGUACAUGCUGAGUUUUUGUGACAACACUGUUACAGCGAGGCAAAUCUUUUUGUGAAUUCUCUUUAUACUUAGUAUUUGUCACUACGGUAAUGGAGGGAUGUCAACCUGCUUCUUUGUUUUUUUUUUAUUUUAUUUUAUUUUUGUUUUUGUUUUGGGUUCUUACGAUAGAAAAUAAUUAAAUGGAUGCAGGAGAGGCUGCACUGUA